ACUGAUUAUGGUUAUAACAGCGGACACCAGUGCAGGUGCUUACUCACUAACGCAAGUGUUUGUUGUUGCUGUAAGAACUUCAUUUUAGUCCUAAUUAUUUUAUCUUUUGUUAUGAAUAAUACACCAAUUUUAUAGCAAGCAUAUAAAUCAGUACGAUCAUGGCAAAUCAAGAAUUUGAAGCCCAACUGGAGUUGGAGAAGCUAGAGAAGACGAAAAAAGAACUUACAGAAGAAGGUGUAACUGAUCCAUACACUUACAUUAGCCCAGACGAUGGCACAGUUUAUGAGUGGAAUCAAGAAAAACAAGCAUGGUUUCCUAAGGUUAAUGAUGAUGACAUAGCUAGAUAUCAUCAGUUGAGCUAUAACUAUGUGAACACAGAAGAAGAAUCAAAGCCUGAAGAGAAACUUGAAGAAAACAAACCGAAAGGGGAGAAACGCAAGCCUAGUGAUCCCUCCUGGUUUCAAGUGGAUGAUGAUCACAAUACAAAUGUUUAUGUAUCAGGCUUACCUGAUGAUAUUAAAGACGAAGAAUUUAUUGAAUUGAUGUCAAAAUGUGGACUCAUCAUGAAAGAUCCUCACACUAUGAAAUAUAAAAUCAAGCUUUACAGAGAUUCAAAUGGAGUACCAAAGGGUGAUGGUAGAUGUUGUUAUAUAAAGAUUGAAUCUGUGAAACUAGCUCUUGAUAUCUUAGAUGGUUAUGAUUUUAAGGGAAAAAAGAUUCAUGUUGAAAGAGCACAGUUUGAACUGAAAGGCCAGUAUGACCCUUCUAAGAAACCAAAGAAAAUGAAGGCAAAGGAAAAAGAAAAACUGAAGAAAAAAAUCGACAAGUUGUUUGAAUGGAAAUUUGAAAAACUGAGAGGUGAAAGAUCAAAAAAUGAAAAAACUGUCAUACUCAAGAACAUGUUUUCGCCUAAGGAAUUUGAUGAAGAUGCAACUUUGCUAUUAGACUAUCAACAAGAUAUAAGAGAGGAAUGUUCUAAAUGUGGAGAAGUCAAAAAAGUUGUAAUCUAUGAUAGAAAUCCUGAAGGUGUUGUUGCCGUUACCUUUGCUGAACCUGAAAUGGCUGACGAAUGCAUUAACUUGAUGAACAGAAGGUGGUUCGCCUCUCGUCAACUUACUGCAGAAACGUGGGAUGGAAAGACAAAAUACAAAAUCACCGAAACAAAGGAGGAAUUGGAGAAACGUUUGAAUUCUUGGGACAAAUUCUUAGAGGAGCCUUCAUCUGCAAAUAAAUCACAUGCAAAAGAAACGCAACCUGCUGAAGUUGCAUCAAAAGCGGGUGAAGUUAAUAUAAGCUCGAAAGAUUACGAAUUGGCUGGUGAAACAGAUAGUUCUGGAGACUCAGAAACUGAGGAUAAAACCACAACUCAAUCUAAAGAAAGUUACCCAGUUAUGUUAUCUAAUGGGGGACUUUCUUUUAAAAAUGUUGAUCAAAAUAAGACAGGAUUGUAAAAUAAUAUUUAAGUGCACAAUUAUGUGAUGAAAUUAUUAUAAUAAUUGUUAUUAAUUUUAUUUCUGUGAAGGAAUUAUGGAUUCACUGUACAUAUUUUCAUUUUAACGCUAUAGACAUAUUUUUUAAGUUGCUGUUUACCUAUUUGUUUGAUACAUUGAAUGUUAUUGAGUGAUGAGGCGAACGAAAUAAAAGCUUUCAUUUUUUGA